AUGAGUGGUAUUAUGGAUGUUGCUGAAUUACUUAGACCCUUUGUUGAGUCUAAAGCUUGGGAUUACGUUGUUGUUUGGAAAUAUGGAAAUGACCCAACUAGCUUUAUUGAGUGGAUGGAUUGUUGCUGCUGUGGAGGAAACAUUGAGAAUGAGAAGAUCAAAGAGGAAAUAGCUGAAAAAUAUCCCAUUUGUAGGGAUACCCUCUUUCCUCAUCCAGUUAGAACAAAGACUUGUGAGGCUCUUGCAAAGCUUCCUUUUGCAAUGUCUCUUUAUUCUAGUGUCCAUGGAGAGGCUGCAAUUUCACAACAACCAAGAUGGCUUAUCCAGGAGGACUCAAUUGGAACUCAAGUUUUGAUUCCUAUUUUAGGAGGUCUUGUUGAGCUCUUCACUUCAAUGCUGAUCCCAAAAGAUAUAAACAUCAUAGAGUUCAUAUCAGCACAAUGUUGGGUCUCUAUAAAGCAAGAGGCCAUAUCUGCACAGAGCUACAACAGCACGAACUUCAAUGAGCAUUAUUACCCUUUAACUCCUGGUUUAUCUACAGAAAACCAUAGCAGCUCUAAUCCUAGCAUUGAAGGACCCUCCAAUGGAUCUAAUCCUUCAACAGAACAUUUAUCAUUUGAUUCAAAGUUUGAUUGCUUGGUUCCACAUGAAUAUAUGAAUCAACCAGUUGAAAUAUCUCCUAUAUCAAAUAUUAAAAGCCAAGGAUACAAUAAAACUUUGAGUUUCCAUUGUGGAAAUGGCGAAGAAGAUAAAGAAGAAACUUUUAAGGAAACUCAAAAGGAAAUGUUUCAUGCUAAAAAUCUUAUCACGGAGAGGAAUAGGAGGAACAAAAUUAAAAAGGGGCUUUUUACUCUAAGGUCUCUAGUCCCUAAUAUAACCAAGAUGGAUAGAGCAGCAAUUGUGGGUGAUGCAAUUGAAUACAUAAAGGAAUUGCAGAGGCAGAAGAUAGAACUUCAAGAAAAGGUUGAUGUUUUAGAUGUUGAGGAUUGUAAAAAGAACACACUACAAAUGAGGGUGCAAGGAGACAAAGAAAAACCUCCCAGUGAGCUUAAUCAAAGUUCUUCUGAUUCCGUUAGAAAGACACAGAUGAAGUUGCAAGUAGAAGUGAAUCAUGUUCGCAGAACAGAAUUCUUGAUCAAGUUGUGCUGUGAAAUGAAGCAAGGUGGGUUUUCAAAGUUGAUAGAAGCUGUAGAUUCAUUUGGACUGCAUGUGGUAAAUGCAAACAUGACCCCAUUUGAUGACAGAGUCCUGAUCAUGUUAUUGGUUGAGGCAACUGCUGAUGAUAUUCACCCAACAAAACUCAGAGAGUAUUUGAUACAGAAAACAAGUUGA